AUGAUGGAAGAAGCGUGGGAGACACUCCUGAAAUCUUACGUAUAUUACAAAGGACUGCCUGUUGGAACCCUAGCGGCUAUGAAUCCUACAGCCGAGGCUUUGAAUUACAAUCAGGUUUUUGUGAGAGACUUUGUUCCCAGAGGCUUAGCCUGUCUAAUGAGACCAGCCAGUGCUGGUGGCGAUCCAGAGAUAGUAAAGAACUUCGUGUUAAAGACUCUCCACCUCCAAGAUUGGGAGAAAAGGAUAGUCAACUUUACACUUGGAGAAGGUGUCAUGCCUGCCAGUUUUAAAGUUCUUUAUGAUUCGCAUAGGCAGAGGGAAACCUUGGUUGCAGAUUUUGGUGGCAGUGCUAUAGGGAUGGUUGCUCCUGUUGACUCUGGGUUCUGGUGGAUCAUUCUGCUAAGAUCAUAUACCAAGUGCACGCAUCAUUAUACACUUUCAGAAAUGCCUGAGGUGCAGAGAGGAAUGAAGCUGAUACUUAACCUUUGCCUUUCAGAUGGAUUUGAUACUUUUCCAACUCUUCUGUGUGCAGAUGGGUGUAGCAUGAUUGAUAGGAGAAUGGGAAUUUAUGGAUAUCCUAUCGAAAUCCAUGCCCACUUCUAUUUUGCAUUAAGGUAUUCAAGGCAGAUGCUGAAACCAGAACGAGAUGGCAAGGAAUUGAUCAAGCGCAUUGAUAAGCGCAUAACAGCUAUCAGUUAUCACUCCGAAAUUACUACUGGCUUGAUUUCACACAAUUAA